CCAGAGUUCUCCAUUUGGCCAAGCUCGUCGAAGCUUUCAUCCAAAAGAAAACCUUUUUCAAUGUUGAAUCCAUGAUCCAUGCUCAAAUCCUCACCAAUGGUGCCUCCUCUGAUACUUUCCUUUCCAACCGCCUCAUCGAGCUCUACUCAAAAAGCUCUCAUUUUGGUCAUGCACUCAGAGUGUUCGACGAAAUGCCGCACAGAAACAUCUACUCCUGGAACGCCAUCAUUUCUGCUUGCUCGAAAUCAGGUAAAUUGGAUUUGGCCUGCCAACUGUUUGAUAGAAUGCCUGAAAGGAACGUUGUCUCCUAUAACAUGGUGAUCGGAGUGUUGGCGAGGGGUGGAUUGGAAAAUAGAGCUUUGGAGUUGUAUUAUAGGAUGGUCAAAGAGAGAGCUUUGCCGACGCAUUUCACGUUUGCUAGUGUUCUCAGUGUUUGUGGGACUUUGAUGGGGUUGGAAGAUGGGAGGAGGUGUCAUUGUCUUGCGGUGAAGGUUGGUCUUGAUGACAAUUUGUUUGUCGAGAAUGCAUUGCUUAGCAUGUACACUAAGUGUGGGAGUAUUGAAGGUGCGUGUAAGGUCUUUGAUGGAAUGUCUAACCCAAAUGAGGUAUCUUUCACUGCUAUGAUGGGUGGACUAAUGCAGAGUGGUUCUGUGGAUGAAGCAUUGAGUUUGUUUGGAAAGAUGCAUAGGAAUGGGAUUCAUAUUGAUCCCGUUGCAGUUUCAGGUGUUUUGAAUGCUUGUGCUCUUGAUCAAGAGCAUGGAAUUCAUGGAAAUUUUUGUGGCCUUUUGAUCCAAGCAAUGGUAACUAAGUAUGGGUUUGAUUCAGACACACACGUUGGCAAUUCUUUGAUAGAUAUGUAUGCAAAACAUGGUGAAAUGGAGAUGGCUGAAAUGGUUUUUAAUACAUUGCCAAUUGUCAAUGUGGUUUCAUGGAAUGCAUUGAUAUCAGGAUAUGGCCAAAUGGGUGACAGUAAGAAGGCUAUUGAUCUGUUACAGCGGAUGAAAGAAUUGGAUUUUGAACCAGAUGAGGUUACUUAUAUUAGUAUGCUUAGCGCAUGUGUUAACUCUGGGGAUAUUGAAGCUGCUAUUCAGAUGUUUGACAAUAUAUCUAACCCAACUGUGGCCUCAUGGAAUGCUAUUUUGUCUGGGCUUUGCAAGGGGGAGAGUUAUGAAAAAGCAAUACAAUAUUUUCGAGAAAUGCAGUUUAGGCAUGUCAAGCCAGAUCGAACCACCAUGGCUGUCAUUCUAAGUUCAUGCUCCGGAAUGGGGCUUCUUCACUUAGGGAAACAGGUCCAUGCUGCUUCAGUCAGGACCAUGCUUGAUGUCGAUAUGUUUGUCGCCAGCGGACUUGUUGAUAUGUAUUCCAAGUGUGGGCUUAUUAAAGCAGGAAGAUGUGUCUUUGAUAGGAUGCCGGAGAGGGAUGUUGUUAGUUGGAAUUCAAUGAUUACAGGUUUUGCACACCACUCUCUGAACCAAGAAGCCUUUAUAUUCUUCAAGCAUAUGCAAGAGAAUGGUAUGUCACCCACAGCAUCGUCCUAUGCUAGUGUCAUCAACUCAUGUGCGAGGCUGUCUUCAUUGCCUCAAGGUAGACAAAUACAUGCGAUGACUUUGAAAGAUGGGUAUGAUAACCAUGUUUUUGUGGGGAGUGCUUUGAUUGAUAUGUAUGCAAAAUGUGGCAAUGUCAAUGAGGCAUGCAUUUUUUUCAAUAGCAUGCCUGUGAAGAAUGUCGUCUCCUGGAAUGAGAUGAUACAUGGGUAUGCGCAGAAUGGUUGUGGGGAAAAAGCUGUGGAGCUUUUCGAGUAUAUGCUAAGGAGUGAAGAAAAACCAGAUGAUGUGACUUUUAUAUCUGUUCUUACUGCUUGCAGUCAUGUGGGACUCAUCGACGAGGGGAUAAAAUACUUAAAUUCAAUGGAGAAGCAUGGGAUCAAACCACUAGCAGAUCACUACACCUGUGUUAUUGAUUCUUUAGGUCGUGCUGGUCGGUUAAUGGAAGCAGAAGCACUUGUGGACAGAAUGCCAUUUAAGGAUGACCCGAUCAUAUGGGAGGUUUUUCUUAGUUCUUGUUCAGUACAUGGGAAUGCCAGAUUGGGGAGAAAAGCAGCUGAGGAGCUUUUCCGACUCGAUCCCCAUAACUCAGCACCCUAUGUGCUUCUAUCAAACAUAUAUGCUGCUUUGGGCCAAUGGAGUGAUGUGUCUGCCAUCAGAGCGUUGAUGAGUGAAAGGGGUAUUGUUAAGGAUCGGGGUUAUAGCUGGAUAUAUCACAAGGAUGGUGUCGCCACCUUCCUAGUUGAUGAUCAAGGUGUAACGAACUGCAAAGCCGAGUCAUUUUAUGAUGAAGUUAACCCUGAUCUUGAUGCAGUGCUACACAACAAUGGAGAUGAAAUUUAUGCUACUUAGAUAAAAUUCUUGGAUCUUCUAUGGCACCUUACUCAGAGAUAUAGUGACCAUGGUUCCUGCAAACUGAGAGUGAACCAAGAAACCAUCCAGUGGUGAAAUCCCACAAAUGAAUUAUGGUAGGACGGGGCGUGAAAAGACCGUCAAAAGUGAGGAAACUGAUAACCAGCCUUCUGACGCAGCCUUCGAUAUCAAAGACUGCAACAUAUCUCUUGCAUUGGG